GCAAAGCAGAUCAUUCUGAGCUGAGUUUGGUUCCUGAGGCCUUCUCUCUUUGCUAGAAAAAUCGAUAGUUUUCUAUAGAAACUAACAUCAACACACGUGAAAAAGAUCUACAAAGAUGGCUGAGCUGGUCAAGUUUGUGUCAAACGCUAAGAAUGUGGCGGAGAUGUUGGUGGACGUAUUUCAGAAAGGAGCCAGCAUUGUGACCAUCCUCAAGCAGGAGCUUUUGCCUAUUUUCUCUGCCGUUGGUCCGCUUUUUGAACUGUCUGUGAACAAACCGGACGACCCAGACGUUGUUGCCGUGAGGGAUCAGUUUGGGAAGCUCAGUGAGCAUCUGGUUGUGGUCUCAAAUGAGGCCAGUCGUAUCCCUCAGGUGCUCCAGAAGAACCUGGCAGAUCUUAAGUAUUUCGAACAUGAAAAUACCAUCAGAACGCACUACAGAAACUACUUGGAAGUUCUCGGUGCAAAACCUGAGUUCAGAGAAGUCAAGAAGCGUCAGUUCCUCGGGAACUUUUCUCCCAAUAAUGAAGACGAAAGCAUCGAUCGCCUCUACAGAGCUGUAGUUGAAGAUUACCCUUCCAAGCCUUUGCUUCAGAUCAUCCUCGACUACGAGGAGAGAACCCAAAGUUCAGUUGAAGAGUUUUGUGGCAAGCUGUUACACCUGUUCUGCAUUGGGAUCAUUGUAGUGUUGGCUCACGCUGUUAUGAGUGGCAACGGUAAAGAGGAAAAGCUUCAGAAAGAGUGGGGAGAGAAGAUGGCAAUUAUCCAGAAGAAGAUGAAAGCUGCCAUUGAAGAAUGCGGCCCUACUUCCAAGCAAAGCUAAAACUCUUGGAGUUCUGCCAAAGAUAAAAGUCUCCUUUAACCUGAAGCUUUACAAAUGUUUUAGUCUUUCUAGUUUGCUCUAAAGUUUCACAUUUGUUUUUCACUAAACUGUCACUUUAUUCUCACCUGGUUUAUGGGUCUUUUUCUUUAAGAUUUUUGAUCAAAUUACGUUUUAAUAAUCGAUUGUUUUCAUUUCAUUGCAUAAAGAAAAUCUAUGAAUCGUAAGAACAAUUGCUUGUGGGUUUUGGGUUAUUUUGUCCAGAUUAUGUUUUCAUGCAGGAACUGAAAGUUUUCUUUCAAAUAAACAACAAAACACACUUGUUUUAAUGUAAGUUUUUACUAAAAAACAAACCUGUUCCUGAUUGUUUCUGAAAAUGACUUGAAUAAAGACACAAAUACAGUGCAAACAUCCCUCAUAUUCUGACAUUAUGAUUUCAAGAUUUUUUUAAGGUUCUUUGGGUUUUAGAAGCUCGACUACACACAUUCGUCAGAAUGAAAGGAACAAUUCCAACAAAAUAACAAUUAGAGGCCAGUUGCCUUUUCAAGAAGAAAUGGGGAUAAAAUUUCAAUUUGUUGUUGUUACAAAAGAUAUGAGGAAGAAGAACUCCUCACAGCACCACAGUUUGGAGUUCUUGCAGUCGUUUACAUGAACGACUGAACAUAACUGUUAAAACAAAUACAAAGGUGUUAAUAUAAAGAUCCUAUAAAAGAAAACACAGGAAUAAUUAUUACAAAAAUAUUUCUAAAAUUAUAACUAAUAUAAAAUUAUAUAAAAAAAAACCCAGUCUAAAUCAUGUUAAUAUUUUUUUCAAUAUGAUAUUUAAAAAAUAUAGAAAUACUUUGCUGUUGGGAGACAAUUUUUCUGUUGAAUCUGCUGAGGAUCAUCCUGUAAGAGGAGGAAGAAGCAGUCAGACGGCCGAGGAAACUCCAGAUCAUUCUUGCCGCUCCAGAAGGCUCAACUGAAGACCACCAAAACUGUCCAGGAGGGGUUCAGUCUGCUGAAUUAUUUUAUUUUAAGCACAUCAGACAGUUUUACAGCAUUACCGAUCACCAAGGUGAUCUGAAUUAAAGGGUAAGACUUUGAAUGGACCACUUAGGAACCUGUAUCCGGUUUUGUUUGGAUCAUUCUUCUGCCACAGUACAGUGGGAUUACCCCACACAAGGGCAGAGUAAUUUGGAAUUUUCAAUAUCGUUUUUUUUCGCAAUUGCCAUAACAAUAUAUAUCAAAAUAUAAAUAAAAUAACUAUAUCUGUCAAAUUUGAAAACUCUAUCUCACAAAUCCGUAAUCAUCAGCAGGUUGUUUAGAUUCAAAUACGUAUUUCCUAUCACACUUUAAACACAAAAGAUGCAUUAAAGGAAUGAAAGAACAGUUUUUUUGUUUUUUUUUCCCCCAGAAAACUAAGAAAAGGCAUGGACAUAACACACUAGGCCAAAAAUGAAAGCAAAAGCUUUCAAGUUUCAAAAGAGAACAUAAACAAAAAAACCAUUAAACUGCUUGAUCAGCUCAAAAAACAAAACAAACAAAAAAAAAAAAACACACAUUUGUCCUACAAAUUAACGCCUACCCUCGGGUGCCAAUGUUUUGCCAAGGAACGUCCCCUGCCAGAAUUUGGCACCAGAGGGAACGUACCUUGGCACAACACCGGCCAGCAGCAGCAUGUUAGUAUGGGGGAUCACCACUUAGCCAAGCAGUUUAUUCCCAGGACAGGCGGGACGGGCACGUCUGCUCAGGCCCCUAGACCUGUCCAGAUGUACCCUUGCCUUCGCCUAGUGCUGGGCGAUAUGGAAAAAAUUGUAUAUGACGAUAUAAAUUAUCUUAUAUCACGAUAACGAUAUAUAUCACAAUAUAUGGUAUUUCUCUAUAUACAGAACAUAAUAAACCAAUUGCAGUAAAUGCUUGAUAGGGAGUGGACAAACCAAACUUAUAUAAACUCGCCCCUGCUUAGCCUUACUUAACUUUUUUUAUUUUUUAUUUCUUUGCAUAAAUUAUAGCUGCACGGUGGCGCAGUGGUUAGCGCUCUCGCCUCACAGCGAGAAGGCCCCGGUUCG